AUGAUAUGGUCAAACAAGUAGCUUAUGGUUAUUUUGAAACUUCACCCAAAUGUCAUCUGUACAACUAUUUCAAACUGUAACUUUGUAUCCCAUCUCCUCGAAAGCUUGUUGAUCCGCCACCGCUUCAAUGUUUACAGAUCGGGUUCGGCACGUCACGAAAGGGAUACCCCAAAUACCCACUUCCGUUCUGUAUUUAGGAAAGAAAAAAAUGACAUGGCGGAUAAACAACAAGUGCAAUCAGAUAUUGUGUCGGGAUCCCAAGAACAUGAUGCCCCCAAAGCAGGCAGAGAUGAGUUGGACCCUGGUUGUAUUGAAGAAAGAUUUCGUGUCGACCGCAAAAAACUGGAGCAGAUGCUUCAAGGGUCGACGGAAAAUGAUGAGAAUGCAGAGGAGUUUUUCCAAAGGGUCAUGAUUGAGAGCAAGACACAAAUUACUUGGCCUUCAAAGCUGAAGAUUGGAGCCAAGUCAAAGAAAGAUCCACAUAUCAAAAUUACUGGAUUGCCAGAAGAUGUGAAAAUAGCAAAGGAACAAAUUUUGGCGAUACUUGAUACAAAGAUAAACAGAGUGACCCUGAAGAUGGAUGUUUCUUACACGGAUCAUUCACAUGUCAUUGGCAAGGGAGGCAACAAUAUCAAAAAAGUAAUGCAACAGACUGGAUGCCACAUUCACUUUCCAGACUCAAAUCGUGGUAACAGCAUUCAAGAAAAAAGCAAUCAGGUUUCCAUAGCUGGUGAACCAGUUGGAGUAGAGUAUGCAAGAACACAGAUCAGGGAACUUCUUCCCAUUGUGUAUAUGUUUGAGCUGCCAAUGACAGGGACUCUUCAUCCUCUUCCGGAUGUUGGUUCUGCUGAAAUUCAGAAACUACAGCAACAGUACAAUAUUACCAUCAGCUUUCGCCAGCGUCCGCGUAUGUAUGUCUCCACGGUGAUUGUCCGUGGCUCCGUGUAUAAUGCUGAUGCUGUGAAAGAGGGGAUUACAAAGCUGAUGGAACUUCUCACUGGAAACGCAGUGGUAAAAUUUGCAGUCAGCAUGCAGUUGGAAAUUGCACCCCAACACCACCUAUUCAUCAUUGGAAGAAGUGGUAUGAAUAUUAAACAAAUUAUGCAAAGGACUGGAGCCAGUAUUCACUUUCCUGACCCUAACACAUCAGCACCACAGAGGAAGGGGACAAUAUACAUCACUGGCAAUAUUGAAAGUGUGUUUCAGGCCAGGCAGCACCUCAUUGGAUGUCUGCCAUUGGUACUCAUGUUUGACGUCAAAAAUGAAAUAGACAUAGAUCAAGCACUUAUUACUCAUUUGAUGGAGCAACUAGAUGUUUUCAUUAGUGUUAAACCAAAACCUAAACAACCAAACAAGUCUGUGAUAGUCAAAAGUAUUGAACGUAAUGCUGCCAAUAUGUAUAUGGCCCGCUUACAUCUAUUGGGAAUGAAGAAAGAUGAAAAAAAUUUCCCAUUCAGCUGUGAUAAAAAGUUUGCAGAAUCCAAGAUUUUAACCAGUGAUGAAGGAGUGACUCUCUCUACUAUUGACCUUGAAAGCACUGUUCUCGACACUAGUCAAUGUGACAGCUCAAGAGGAAGUCCAAGGGGUUUUGGAAGGAGCAAUUCUACAGCUGAGUUGUCUUCAUGCCAGCAGAAGCAAGGCAUUCCUGGUAUGGUGGACUGUGGUAACCCUGCAGAUCUCCUGGAGAGAGGAAGGACUAUGUACUCAGCCAGUCUGAUGGGAAGCAGUCAUUCCCUGGAAAACAGUCUCAGCAGAAGUAGUCAAUUUUCAAAAACUGAGAAUGUGAAAGCUACCGAAGAGAUUGAUUGUGCUAGCAGUGGAGUGGAUUUCGAAGAUCUCCAAAACCUGCAGAAUGAAAUUCAAACAUUACAGAAUUUACAGGAAAUUCAAAAACUCCAGAAUCUGACAACAGGAGUGAAUAUGGAGAAUCUCAGCGCGAUGGAUAUGGAGAGCUUACAUCAGAAUUUUUUGCAGUUAAGGGCAGCCAAUGAUGCUGGAUUGAUUGGAAAUUCAUAUUCUUUGGUUGAAGAUUAUGAGCAUAAAAAAUUGAUGGCAACAAAAGCUAUGCAAAGGAAACCAGAUGGAGAAACACGAAAUCCAACAGAUAUUUGGUCUGGAAUGGGUUUUUCUAAAUCCAUGCCGGAAUCAGUGAUACGUGAAAGAAUGCAAAGAAUGCAAGGUGUCCUUGCUUACUGCGAACCCACGAUGGAAACUACAUAUGAGAAUCCAAAUGAAUGUGAGGAGUUGGAUCUAGAUCCCUGGGGUAAUCCCAACACUUGCACAAUUACAAGCAAACCAGUGAAUCUCGCUCCAGGGGAAUAUCCAAGCCCACGCAAAAAAACUGACUACAAUGAUUUCCUGAGCAGUAGUAACCAUGUAGAUAGUGCCACUCUCCCAGCAGUCACCAGUUUGUGGGACCAUGCAGACUUACCAGAACUUUUCAGUAAACUGGGACUUGGAAAAUAUAGUGAUUUGUUUCGACAGCAAGAGAUUGACUUGGCAACUUUUCUGACACUAACAGAGACAGAUUUAAGAGAACUUGGAAUAACAACAUUUGGUGCCAGAAGGAAAAUGCUUCUAGCCAUUGCAGAUUUGAAUAAAAGAAGAAGUCUUCUGCAUGUGGAGAAUGGAGUUGAUAAUGAAACUGUGUCUGCUGAUAAAGAUUUCUCUGAUAAUGGGACCACUAUGAAUCUGAGAACAGACUCUCAGACUAUUCCUGCCUCGAGGUUCUCUGACUCCGGCAGUCGAUCAAUUCUGGAGCAUAUGCAGAUGUCCUCGAAUUUAGGAAAGAGUCCUUUCAGUAAUCCACGGUCUCUUAUGAGUACAUUACCAAUGAACCGUGGAGGGAACUUUCCUCUAAAAGGCCAGUAUCUUAGUCAAAGUGCCAGGUUAAGUCCCUCCGGCAAUACAAUGCACAGUGCUCAUUUGAUGAGAGGAUCAGGACUAAGUCACAGUGGAAGCUUCAAUCACUCCUUAGUAGAUGGCUUAUUUCGAGGAGGAGAAAGAGUAGUCAAAACACCGCCUGGAUUUCCUCCAAGGAAAAUCAGUCUUAACCAAAGUGCUAGUGGCAAUCUCUUUGCUUCAUCAGAAUUGUAUUCUCAUCAGAUGGACUUCAACAAUGCUACUGGUCCCAGCACUCAAAAGUCUGAUGUCGCAAACUUAAGUGGAAGGUGGUGAGAUGUAUGAAUAGUCAACGGAGUUCAUAUCCCCCCCAUCCUCCACAGUGUGUAUCAUUGCACAUUGUUUUUAAUCAAAAACUACUUCUUUGUUGAUUUCUAUAGAGUCUAUUAAUAGCUAUUGUUUUACUGAAAUGUGGAAACUGCUUUAUCGGUUGGUCAGAUGUCCAAGAGACUUCAUACUUUCAUGGCCUACUGGUACCUUGGUCUUGAGAGUUCAUAUAGUGACAGGAGGUUUUGUAGAAGGUUUAUGAUCAUCAAUCUCCUGAGUCACUCACAUUGUCUAAUACAGUACAAUCUGUUGGGUUUUUUUUUUUUUACUUUUCUAUUAAUAGUGGUCAUUGAUAUUGAACAUUAAAGGUCUUGUGUUACCAGUAUUCAACAUUUUUACCAUGACAUUGAUGCCCAUUAUGAUUUCAUGAUGCAGAGACAUUGAGAAAAUGGCAUUGAUCUGGACAUGAUGGAUCGAUUUGAUACUUUAGUGCUUAUAGGUCACACAAGUCACUCAGGUGACCUAUUUCUCUCCAUGCCCGUCCAUCAUGAUGCAAUGUUAACUUUUGAACAAUUAAAAUUCCUGACAAACCAUUUGUCAUUUGGUGUGUAGCAUCUGUAGGGCAAGUAAACAAAAGUUGUGAAUUUCAUAGUAUCUUCCCCUUUGGGGCUCUAUGGAUGGGGGCAAAGCUUUUAAGAAUGAUGGCCAACUUUAAAAUCUUUACUCCUAAAUGUGCAUCAAACAGACUGGGUGCAUAGUUAUCAUGAGCAUGGAGGUUUCUACUAAAAUUGUGGAAUUCAUGACUAAGUGUGCAAACUUGGGGCUAAAUAUGUAGGGAAAAUGUAUUUGAUCUUUGAUAAAAAUCUUCACCACUCCAGAACAUAAAGUGCAUUGUUAUAAUCAGCAUGGAGAUCUCCACCAAAAUUGUGAAACUUGGAACCAGUGGGUCACGGGUUCAGGUCCCAGAGCAAGGCUCCAUGAAAUACAUUAUUUGAAUAUCCUUUUUACUCCUGAACAUUAAGUGGGUGAACUGGGUACAUACUUAUAAGCCUUGCGAACUAAAAUUGGGUGAUAUUUAAGAAUCUCACCAUGUCUUCCUAUCUGUCUUCUAUUCUUCCCUCCCACUUCUCAUCUGAGCCAUAUCUUGUAAUUUGAAAACAUUACAAGCUAAUACUUGUCAAUAAGGUUACUCAUGACUAGACAUUGUAUCGUAACCUGAAGCCAAGGUCAAGGUUAUUAGUAAAAACAAGAAGAAUUUAUCUUGGGCUACACCUAUGUAAUGGAAAAACAUUCAUUCAUAUUCGGUAAAAAGGUUGCUUAUAGCCAAUUAGUUUGUCUUGAUCCUGAACCAGUGUCAAGGUUACUUUGCAAAAAGUUCAAACCUCUUCUGUGGGUCGUAACUUUGUGAUGGAGAGACAUUGGAGUCAUACUUGUCAUAAAAGUAUGACCAGACAAUGAUGCAAGGUCAAACUCAUUGGUAAAGGAAUUAGAAAUAUUGCUUAUGAGAGAGAGAGUCAUGACUGUGAACCGAAGUCAUUUGACCAAGAAGAAAAUUAGAAAUAUAUGUCAUGACUGUAACAUUAGACAUAAUGAUCAUUGCAUUUAUGGCCAAAAGGCUAUGUUAUUCAGUUCAGAGAUUAAAAGAUGCACUAAUCAUGCAGACACCUUUGAUUAAGUUUUUGUUGUGUGAUACUUAGGUGACUGUGGAGGCCUAUGUGCAUUUUGUGAAGUGAAUUUGAUUGUCUUCUUUGUUUCAUGGGCCAAGUAUGUCUCAUUGUCAACUUUACUAUCCUAUAAACCAACUUACAGGUUUUUGAUGUAACGUUAUAGAUAAUACAUAACAUAAUGUAGUACAUAGUUCGCUGUGUGUAUUCAUUUAUAGCUAUUGGUGUGCAGAUUUUUAUAUUUCCUAGUCUUUGAUCAUAUUCAAUUCAUUGCUCUCCCCAGACGGUGAAGUGGGUAGGGGAUACGCUGUCACGGUGUGCGUGUGUAUUUGUAACAUACGUCAGUGUAGAUCGGGUUCUGUGUUAUAUUAAUUGCAAGGGAUUGCUCUGCUUUGUGGUGCUUUUGUUUUACAAGUACCUUAAUAACAGUAAUGUAGGGGAUAUUGGCUCAUGCAUGAGCUUUGUGCAUCCAUAAUAAUUUAUAAAGAACAAGGUACGAUUGUAUACACAAAAAGGCCCAAAAAUUUUCUCUCUAUAAAAUGUGUCUGGAAUUAACCUUAUUCAGUGUUUUAAAAAAGUAAAAUAUAUGCCAGGUAUAAUAUGUCAACAAAAUCAUAAUGAUAUUCCUAAUUGAAUAACAUUAUGACAUCAUGAAUAAGACAUUUCCCGCCUUGAUUUAAAAAUAAGCCCGAAAACUGUCAAAUGUCGUACAGAUUAUUGCUCAGGAAAAGAUGUGCGCAUUUGUCGAGCAAAAUGAAAAUGAUACAUAUUGUGCAUUAUUUUAAGAUGAAAAACACACUUCAAUAUGAAUUUGCUCGACGCAUGCGCUGUAUGUUUCCUGAAAGGAAAACCACCUGAAAUUGUGGAUAUUUUCAUUGAAAAUGGCAUUUCUGCAAUUUUAUGCCAACUUCUAGCUCUCGUCAUAUGACACAAAUCAUUGUGCUGAUCAAACUGAGCAGAUUUUUGGUUUGCUAAUCUAUUCCUUAUUUGAAUGUCAGGGUUUGAGCUCCAAGUGAAAUAAUCGAUAUUUUGGGCCAGAUGUCUUUACAAACUGUACCUACUUCUUUGUAUCAAAUAUCAAUAAUAGAAUGGUUUCCAACAUUUUUUCAUGAAAAUUCAUAUUAUAUGAAUUGGUUUUCACUGAGCCAUGUGAUGGCCCGCAGAUGACAUCAUGAUACAAACCCCUCCUCCGUGUUCAAGAUGUUGCUAUGAUAUUACACAGCAUCAUGUGAAAUUCAAAUUUUCAUGUUUAUAUGUAUAAACCUAUAUACGUACCAUUAUACCCCUGCAGACAAAGUUUUUUUUUUUUUGGGGGGGGGGGGGGGGUAUAACAAUUCCCAUAUCCUGUUUUUAUAGAGCAAGCUCACCAUGGUUGCUUGAGUGUAUUUGUUGUCUGUGCUAAAAUUUUGAAAGCAAGGGUUGUGUAGAUUGCAAGAUUUUUAACCACAGAAUAUAGUCCCCUAUCAAAUCUUAAGUGAUUGGGAUUUUGUUAACAAUUUUUCCCAUAUGAAAUCUAACAGAAAUAAAUGCAGGUAUACCCGGUAUCUAUAUUUUUUUCAAAUGAAAUUACCAUAAAUAUUUACUUUGAAUAUUAUCAUCAUGUCUUUAUACAGUAGAUCUGAGGGCUGUCACACAUAUAUCUUAACAAGGGUUUGUUUUUUGUUUGUGAAUGUAUAAUGAUUGAGGCUAUUAUUCUGAGCAGGAAAAGUCAAUCUGCUGUGUCUACCCUGGUACACUAGCCUCAGUAUAUAUUGAUAUUAUAAUGUAAGAGCAUAUAAUAUCAGUAUUUAUCAGCAAUAUUCAGGGAAUGAAACAGUCAUAUAAUUUGCAAGGCUGUUCACCAUUUCAUUGAGUUGGGUAAAACUAAUAUGAAGUUACCCAAUUAUAGACAAUCUGUUUGUCUCAUGAACAUGUAUUAAGAUUAUUUACAUAUUUGCUGUUGUUUUUAUAAUAGUCUGACUUUCAAUUGAAUUACAUCAUGUAAUUAUAGCUGAACCAAAGUUAUGUGGAUGUCCUGAGCUUGAUAUGCACUGUACAUGUUGUUUAGGUUGACUUAUUAAGAUCUAGACGGGAUAGAUUUGUGUGUAAAUGUCUAUCCACCUAUAUUGAUUUAUACUCUCUGUAUACUUGUAUCUUUUGUAUGAAACUGCUGCUGAACUGUUCAAAAAUUGGAAGUGGACUUAUUUACCCUUUACCACAAGGCUUUGUAAUAUUCACUGUAUAGUACAUGUAUUUAUGUAGGAUACUGAAAUGGUUUGACAGAUCCCUGGUUUAUAGAUUAUUUUGUAUUUUUAGGGUCAUUCUUUUCUGAUUUAUAGUAUUUUAAUUUCUCUUUGGAGAACACAAAUCCUUGAUUAUCAAUUCUUUUAUAUACUGGUAUUUACCAAAUGUGUUUCCAAUUGAAAUCACGGUAGUGAGCAGUUUCGUUUUGUUUAAGAAUGCCAUUAUUGGCAUUAAUGAUUUGCCUUAAGCCAUCUGAGGAGGAAUAACACAUCAUAUUAAUGGCUGAUUUCUUUCCAAAAUAUAAAUCUAGAAAUAGAUCUCAGUAAUGUAUUCGUUUUAUAUCUUACUGCCUGGCUGGUUAAGUUAUCAUGUAAUGCUUCCAAUCUGUGAAGGGUAAGCUCGGAUCUUGCUGGAGUUCUAAUUUUCCAGAUGACUUUCUACUAAAAUCUGUUUGUUUUGGUUUUUUUUCCUAUAUAGAGUAAAAUAUUUAAAGUUUUAGAUUUCAAAAUAAUAUAAUACAUUUUCUGUGAUGUGUUGUCCCUCCUUAACAUUGAAAACUUAAUUGUUAAAAUUUGAGGUUCAGUCAUAAAAGCACAAUCCGUCCAUGCUUACAUUGUUACAAAUUGCCAUCGAAAUGCCAAUUUUUUUGUGAUGACCUUAAACAAAUAUGCAUUUAUAAGGUUUUUUUCUACAUCUUUUGUUUUAUUUUAUAUUUGUGUUUUGAUUUAUGCAGUUUGAUGUUUAUUUAAGUGUGUAAAAUUUGUAGCUUUAACUUUUCCUUCUUUUUUUUUUGUUGUUGUUGUUAUUUUCAUUUGUCUCUGCUUUGACUUUCUAAGUUGCCACUUAAGAUUGCUGUAUAAAAUUUGGCUUAGUAAACAAAUUUUUGAUAAGAAAUACAGAAAUGUAAGUUUUAUGAAAUCUGUGUAAAAACUUGAAAAUCUGAAAAGAAAUUCCGACCUUAGUAUAAGAUUUAGAUUGAAGAUUUUUUUGAGAGAUAGAACAAAGAAUGAUGCAGUUAAAAGCAAUUUUUUGCGAUUCAUUUAAACACCAUUUGGCCGCCUUGUGAAAAUAUUUACAGUGUUAUUUACAUGAAUACAUAGUAGAUUUUAAAAUGUUUACAAGUUUUCUUGAUCACUAUUUUGGCUAGUCAGAUAAAGACAUAUAUAUUUUUGGUAAGCAAAUUUUAUACAAGAAUUCAUACCAUGUUUUUAAAAUAGCAGCAGAUUGGGUAUUUUAAGCACUCGAUAGGUGAGCAUUCUCAAGACUACAAAAUGGAAAGGAAUGAAAUAUACAAAUAUUUUUCAAAAAGUGUUUUUAAAUACAUUUCAAUUUUUCUACAGUAAUUCAUUUUCAUGGAGUUAAACUUUGAGCUCACCUAGAUGAAGUCAAACUUAGGCCAUACCCAUGGAGGUGGCAUCCAUGUGAAAGUUUUUAGACUCCUUCAAAUUCUUAAAGCUAUUAUAGGCUCUAUGUACACCAAAUGUGCAUGGAAGUUACAACUAGUGAUAUUAAACACCAUUGUUGCUUCAGAUGCCGAGUGUGACUUACAUUUUCCAGAUGAUUGACUAUUCUGAAGUUUGAAAAUUCAGUUGCAUAAGUAUGAGACCUACAUUGAUCAAACUCCUAUAUUACAUACAUGUGUACUACAUCAGACUACUCUCCUAUAUUACAUACAUGUGUACUACAUCAGACUACUCUCCUAUAUUACAUACAUGUGUACUACAUCAGACUACUCUCCUAUAUUACAUACAUGUGUACUACAUCAGACUUCUCUCCUAUAUUACAUACAUGUGUACUACAUCAGACUUCUCUCCUAUAUUACAUACAUGUACUACAUCAGACUUCUCUCCUAUAUUACAUACAUGUGUACUACAUCAGACUACUCUCCUAUAUUACAUACAUGUACUACAUCAGACUACUCUCCUAUAUUACAUAUAUGUGUACUACAUCAGACUUCUCUCCUAUAUUACAUACAUGUGUACUACAUCAGACUACUCUCCUAUAUUACAUACAUGUACUACAUCAGACUACUCUCCUAUAUUACAUACAUGUGUACUACAUUAGACUACUCUCCUAUAUUACAUACAUGUGUACUACAUCAGACUUCUCUCCUAUAUUACAUACAUGUACUACAUCAGACUACUCUCCUAUAUUACAUACAUGUGUACUACAUCAGACUACUCUCCUAUAUUACAUACAUGUGUACUACAUCAGACUUCUCUCCUAUAUUACAUACAUGUGUACUACAUCAGACUUCUCUCCUAUAUUACAUACAUGUGUACUACAUCAGACUACCAGACUUGGAUUUGGUUUCUCAUGUCACUUGUGUAUGAUGUCAUAGUUGUUUCUGGUCACAGAUUAUCCUACACAUGCCAGGGAUAAGAUAAAUAUUUAAUAUGAAAAUAAUUUUACACCUCUCCCAUGAAAAACACUGCUCUUCUUCGUUUAUCCAUAGAGACUUCACAGUUUUUAGGUAUUGUUUUUAUUGCUUUGGCAGUAGUUUUUGAUCAAUAAAAAAUAACAAAUACCUUUUAAAAACAAUGAUAAUGAACAGUAGAGUUGUUAAGAUAUAUUUGUUACACGGUAUAUAGUUAAUAUUUGGUCAAUAUAUCCAUAUGGGGCUUAAGAUAUAUAUACACACACACUCGGGUAGCCUAGUACAUGUAGUUAGGGGUUUGCUUUGCAACUGGGUUCAAAUUUCUCGUCUUGUAGCUAUGUUAUAUCUGGAGACCUUUAACAUGGGAAGUGAGCGCUCCUUCACCAGGUGCCCAGUAGAUGUGAAAAUUCUGGGGGGUUUCCAGAUAUGACUUUAAGAAUAGAGGUACUUUAUUACGGUAGGUAUUUGCUAAAGAAUCCUCAAUGCUAUGGCCUAAAGUACAAUGCAAAGGUCACAUUUACAGUGGGUGAUGUCCCUAUAUGAGUGAAAUAUUUGCGCAGUGUCACUGAGAUACUGGUAUUGUAGAAUUAGUAGGAAUAUAUGAUUAUGACAUCGUUACAUUCACAUGUGAUUGAAUACUUUUCUUGUGAGUCUAAGCCCCAUUUAUCUAUGGCCUUCGUUGAGAUGAUCUGUGUGGGCUCUGCCCACCCUAUGUUAAAAAGAAAAUAGCAUAUUUAUGGCAUCGUUUUAACUAAUCCUCAGCUUCAACAGGCAACUGAAUGACAUUGAUUACUUUAACAAAAUGUCUAGCAAUAAAUAGAACUGACACAAUAAAAUCAAAAUAGCAUAGUGAAGAGCACUCGUCAACAAGGAUAAUUCUGGCAGGUUGAAAUCCACCGAUUCUCUUGGUACUGUGUGAAUUUUUUAAGUACCAGAGUACUGUCUGACUAGUCACAGUAGUUUCAUUUAACUGAUAGUUUCACUGAUUUGUUUUCCAUUUUUGUGCUUCAACCUACCUAAACUUUUAAGUUUUCAACAUCUUCUGAAACACUGGGUCUUUUUUCCCCAUUAUUUUUCUUUUUUCCCUUCUUUUGGGGAAAAUCAAACUAGUAUCAGAGCUGUGUAUCUUAUUAUUUUAUUAUUUUUUGAUGAACAAUAUGCAUCCUGGGGAUAAAAACAAAUGUAUUUGGCCAGAUUUUAAAACCAUGGGAAUGAAACAUGCUGUACAUUAUAGAUCUUUUUUAACAGUCAUACAAUGAACAAAAAAGUUACAAAAUGUGAAAUUUUUUUAUGCAAAGACCCCUGUGGGCUGAGCCCACAAAGGGGAUCAAAAGUUAAAGGGUACAUAUUUUUAAAUAAAAUUUACAAGCAUCCUAUGCAGUGUCAGUUGAUUUUCAUGAGUCUUGGGUUUUGGUCUGAAGAUGAACAAAGUCAAUUGUACUAUUACUGAUAUGUUUAAAUGUAUAGCAAUGCUAUGCAAGUAAUAAACUUAUGUUGUUUCAAUGUA